GCCAUUGCCGUACAAUUUUUUUGUUGGUUCCAUACAUAAACUGAAAUUAUUCCGUUCGGAGUGGUUCCAGUGAUAAUUAAUCUUUGUCAUUAAUGAGGAACAUUGAAACCCACUUUACACCGUAAUGUGAGCCAUACUAAAUACAAUUUAUUGAUCAUGUCCGUGCACUACAAAUUCAAGUCCACCAAGGAUUUCGAUACGGUGUCCUUCGAUGGACUCCACAUUUCCGUUGCUGAUCUCAAGAAGGCAAUAUUUCAUCAGAAACGCCUUGGUAAAAAUACGGAUUUCGAUCUACAAAUAACGAAUGCACAAACUAAAGAAGAUUACACAGACGACAAUGCUCUGAUAGCAAAAAACACGAGCUUGAUAAUAGCUCGAAUUCCCCUGACAGUUCAGCAGAAAAGGUCGUGGGAUCGCAAUGAGCCCCAGUCCUUCUCAAACUCGAAAGAUGAAUCUGGCAUGGGGCACACAGUGGACCUCACCAGAUUGGAUGGAUCCGAGGAGGAUAAAAUUCGUGCCAUGAUGACCCAAUCAACCCAGGACUACGAUCCGUCGAAUUACAUGAAAAUUCGUGGUGCCAAUCAGACUGGUGAGGUUCCACCAAACUACAGAUGUUACAAGUGUCAUCAGCCAGGACAUUGGAUCAAGAAUUGUCCACUGGGUGCGACUCAAGAGCCCAUCGAAAUUAAGAAGAGUACUGGAAUACCCAGAAGUUUCAUGGUGCCUGUGGAGGGGCCAUUGGUGCCUGGUGCCAUGAUGACUCCCACUGGACAUUACGCUGUUCCAGCCAUUGAUCAUCAAGCUUACAAAGAGGGAAAGAAGGAGAGACCUCCGUUCUUUCAAGAUCCUGAGCCAGCAGCCGAAAAGCCAGAGAUUCCAGAGGAUUUGAUCUGCACUAUUUGUAAGGAUUUGUUGACCGAUGCUGUCAUGGUUCCAUGCUGUGGGAAUUCUUACUGUGAUGAGUGUAUUCGAUCGUCGCUCCUAGAAUCAGAGGAGCACGAGUGUCCAGGUUGCAACGAGAAAGACGUAUCCCCCGAGACUCUCAUUCCAAAUCGUUAUCUUCGUGGCAACGUCUUGCAAUUCAAUAACAAAACUGGAUAUGCAAAGAAGACACCCUAUCGACCAGCUGUUAAGCCCCAGGCUCCAGCCAUCGAAAAUGAAAAAACUGAGGGGAGCCAGGAUGAGCCUCCCCAAGAGCCACCGAAGGCCAGUCCACCCACCGAGGAUGCAUCAGCGCCAGGGCCUAUAGCCUCAGAUACGAAAGAAUCAACACCUGUGCCAGAAAUACCCGAGCACUUUGUGCCACCAGUUGCUGAUGAUGAGUCUGAAGUAGUUCCACCACCCCCACCUGGCACUGAGCCAUUACUGCCAAUACCAUCAGUGAGUAAAUCACCUGCGAAAGAGAGUAAUUCCACCGAGGCUCACAUUCCUGAGAGGAGAGACCACGAGGAUGACUAUGGGGGUGAUUAUGGAGGUGAUUACGAUGAUUAUGAAGGGGAUAGAAGAUCCAGAGAGCGUCACAGGAGUUACAGCAAAGAGGGUCAUCGUGAGAGGACUGGAGAUGGAGGCAGACGAAUUGAGAAUAUAAGGUCGAUGAAUAGGAGGAGGUCUUUGUCCCCCAGACAGAGACAGGAUUAUCAGUCUCAUGGGUCAUCACUCCCUCAUAUGAUGAAUCAGUCGAAGGGGUAUCAGAAUAUGCCACCUGGUAAUCAACAGAGGUAUCCGAAUAUGCAUUAUGAUUCUCAAUUGAGGAGGUCGACUGAGGAUCGUCCUGGUACACCUACUGUUGAUGAACCCCAUUUGCAUUCACAAUCGGCUGUAAAUCAAGCCCCCUUGCUGCCAUACCCACCUGGUGAAGAUUGUAUACCACCCCCACCACAGCAAAAUUACAAUCAGCCACCCCCAAGAAUGGCGCCUCACAAUCCUCCAUUAUUACCCGAUCCAUAUAUGGGCCACAGAAUGCCCAUGUAUUCUCAUCAGCAAGGGCCACACUAUGGCCCACCGAGGUAUGAUAGGCCGCCUUAUCAGCAGUCUGGCUACAGAUCCUCCCAACCACCGAGGAAUUACAACGGACCCCCGAGGCCAAUGAGGGGAAUGCAUCACCGGGGAUAUCGAGGCAUGCAGCCGCCACCACCUGGACUCGGUCGUAAUAUGCAUAAUGGAAAUCAACCUGGAGUUAUAGAUGAUCCGCUGGAGGCAUUUAACCGCAUGCUGCGAGAAAAAGACGAGCGAGAUAGGAGAAUGGGUAAACACCGCAGACGCUCUAGAACUCGCUCAAGAUCACGAAGCUACACGAGAUCACGUUCUCGUUCAUUCAGUCGUCGUUCACCGCCCCCAUCUCGCAUUAGUAGGUCUAGAAGCCCCCCACCAAAGAGAAGACCCUCGAGAUCUCCACCACCUCGACGUAGCAGGACGCCGAAGAGGAGAUCUCGUAGUGGAAGCUUCUCUAUCAGUCGGUCAAGAUCGUACUCUCGCAGCCAAUCCCCAAGAGGUUCGAUCCCUAGGGAUCGAGAGAGGGAGAGGGAUAGAGAACGCGAUAGGGACAGGGAACGUGAUUUGCCUCCUCGCUACAGAUCACCAGCCAGAUCGCCACCUAGAUUCCAAAGAGAUCGUGAACGCGACCGAGAUCGUGGCAGAUCCCGUGAGCCUCCCCGUGAAUCUCGUGAACAAUACAGCAGUUAUUACAACGAUUCACCAGCAAAUGAGUACGGUUUUCGUGAGCGUGAACGUGACAUAUCAAAUCGUGAAAGAGGAUCACGUUAUCCACCACGGAAUCAAACGACUCCCCACAAUAUACCACCAUUGCUAUCACACGCAAUACCACCAAUGUCAAUGGGUACAACACAACAACCGGAAAGGAAAGACUAUUAUGAUUCCUACAACAGCAGGUAUGGAGGUGGACAAACCCAGAGAUUCAACAGUCCUGCUCGUGAUCACAAGCGUUUCGAUGAUGUUGCCCCACCUGGGACAGAGGGGUAUUAUGAUUUGCCACCUCCGGGAGUUGAUCAUCCUGAGAGAUCGAGGGAUGAUCGCGAUAGAUCACGAGGUAUCAAGGAUAUUGAGGACCAUGGGAAGGAUGGAGAUGGGGAGGACAGACUACGUGAUGAUAGAGUUCGAGAUCGUGACCGAGACAGGGAGGACAGAGAUCGUCGCCCCUUGGAAAGAGACAGAGAUCGUGAGCGUGAACGAGAGAAAGACGAUCGUGAUAAGCCUACCUUACGUGAGAAAGACGACAGAAAAGAGAAAGACAGAGAGCGUGAUGACCGAUACCCUAGGGAUCGCCGAGAUGAGGAGCGCCAGUCGGACAGACGGGACUACGACGCGACUCGCUACAGGGAUGACCGAGAUCGUCACAGAGUCGAUGAGAAGCCUCGAGGUCGAGAGAAAGACCGAAAGGAUCGUGAUUACGAAGUCGAAAAAGACCGAGAUCGACACGAGAGGCAUUCAGCUGAUCACAAGAAAUCUAAGAAGAGCUCAAGCCCCCACCCCCCGAAAUCCCGAUCUGAGAACAAGGACUCCUCCCCGGAGAGGCCCAAGAAGAAGGAAAAAGAUCACGAGGAGAGGCCGGAGGAGAAGAAGAAGGAGAAGAAGAUCAAGGACAAGAAGAAGAAGAAAGACAGCGAGGAGAAGGAGAAGAAGAAGAAGAAGAAAAGAGAGAAGAAAACUCUCAGGGAACUUGCGAAGAAUGAACAUGCCAAACUUGCUGCUGACUCUGACAACUUCUCUGUCGAGCCCAAACAAGAAGACACACCGUCAGACCUCAAACCCACCGAAAUCAGCGAAGAUCCUGGUGAAUCUGCUGAAACAAGUGCACCAAUGGCGCCUUCACUGACAACUGACUUUGAUGAUAAGUCAUUAACGAUGAAUCCAGAGCCUCCAGAGUUCCCUGAACAAGAUCCCCUUCAACAGAUAGAGCCUGAACUGAGCCAAAAUCCCCCCAAUCCAAAUUUCAAACCAAUUCCAGAGUUGAAGUCAGACAUGAAGCCGAUAGAGAGUCUUUACGGUGGAUUGGAUGACACAGAGAUCAACGCUGUGAUAACAGAGAAAUAUACUCUCCUUCCUGAAACCGACAAAGAAGGUAAGAUUGAAAAUCUAUCAGAAUCCUCCCAAAAUCCAGAUGAAACUGCAUGCACAACUUCGAUAUCUAGAGCAAGUCCUCCACGUGAAGAAAAAUCCCCCAAGAGAGACGAAUUCCUCGCGCCAUUACCGGAAUUAUCAAAAUGGGAGCGUGACGAUACAAUCGAAAAAUCCGAUGAGAAUAUUCCGGUAUCACCUCAGCCAGCAGAGACACCCACUGAUGAGUCAAAAUCAACUAAAGUUGUGACGUCAGAGGUCCUAAAACGCGCUGAGAAUGCGAUAUUCCAGAAAGCCAUUAAUGCUAUUAGGCCGAUUGAAAUAAAGAAGAUAAGCGAAAGUAGAAAAAUACUUUAUCAGAAUCCCGAGCCAAAGAUAGUAGAGCCAGAAGCUAAUCGCGAGAGGAAGAGUGUUAAUGUUACGAUAAACGUUGGUAGAAAUGAGAGGAACGUUGAGAUCACAGAGCCCGUUAAAAAGGGAAAAUUAGACAGAUCAAAGUUCAAGGGUGAGUCGCACUCACCUACGAGAUUAUCCGCUAAGGAGAGAUUGGGGGACAAGAUUGAGGACGAUAAGGAGAAGAAGCCGAUGAUCAGGCAGUUCGGUGAUAAGAGGGAAUUGAUAAAGAGCGAUGAUCAAAAUAGAUCAAAGUCGCCAAAACUCAGGGAGAGAAAAAUAUCUCCGUUAUUGGAGAGACGAGUGGAGCCACCAAUGUCCCUGAACAGUGAUCGUAAAGUAUUCUUGGAGGAUCGUAAGCACAGGCCUCUGCAUUCGCGGGAUGGAAGCGGAGGUAGACCUGAAAAACUCGAGCCCAGAGACUCCAAAUCAGAAGGCAAACCUGAGUUUAGGCAGGGGAGGAAUGACUAUCGGUCAGAAUCACGCGCUGAGAAGGAUCGAAGGGCUAGGACGCCUCCUUCACACAAGAGAGACGAUCCAAUAAAGCCGAAUCCAUUGAAAAGAAAGUCUGAGGAAUUGGAACCUGAGAAGAAGAGGGAUAAGAAAGUUCGAGACGAGAAGAAACGAAAGAAGGAGCACAGGAGUCGCAGCAAGUCUCGAGAUCGCAAGCGAAAGAAGGAUAAGAAGCACAAGAAGGACAAGGAAAAGUCAAUGGAGAAAAAGCAAAAGCACAGAGAGGAGAAGGCCCAGACUAGUGACGAAAAGACUGCCACGGAGGGUAAUCCUGAGGGUGAACAUGUCGCCAAGAAACAGAGGAAGAACCCCAGACUUGUUUCUGAUCGCAAGCGAUCGGUUCUGGAUGAGGCGAGCUUCGAGCCGGAUUACUCGGCAUCGGAUUCAGAGUCCGAAGGGGACGAGAGCAAAACUCUGAAGAAACCGAAGCUUGAGGAAGUCCCGGAGACAACUGAGAAGGAGUCUGACGCUAAAGUUGCAAAACGAAGGGUCAAAUCGAGCUCAGACGAUGACUCAAGCUCCACCGAGAGCUCCUCGUCGGAGACUGAUAGCUCGGAGGACUCUCACAGAAAGCGCAAGAAGAAGCACAAAAAACAUAAGAAGAAAAAAAUGAGAAAGGAGAGCAGCAGUGACAGCGACAGUUGCUCAGACUCGUCUGACUCGAGCUCGGAGGAGGAGAGGCACAAGAAAAAAUCCAAGAAAUCGAAGAGCAAGAGUAAACAAUCCAAGAAGAAGAAGAAAUCCAAACACAAAUGACGUCGUUAGUGUCGACGCAUUGGUGCGUUGAACUGCGGUAUGAUUGCUAAAUUUUUAAUGGAUCUUACUUGACUCGGUUCCCAAUGAAUGAUAACAGGCUGAACACUCGAGGGAGUUUGAAUGAUAGUGGUCUAACGUGUAAUUUAAUUAUUUACCUUUUCCAGGGCAACACUUUUGACUUUAUUUAAAUUAUUCUUAUUCUUUUGUGAAAUGAGGAUUGAGUCUUGAGUGGAUGCUGUGCAAAUACAUCGGUUUGAUUGUUGCAUAUAAGUUGAACAUAAUUAUAAUAAAUGAAGUGAGGAAAAAUUCAAUAGAGUCGAUAUUAUUAUAAUUAUAUUGUACUUUCAUAAUGUUCUGUCGAUAUUAUAAAGAGAGAAUAAACAGAGUAGUUCUUUAAAAAAUAAA